CGGCACCCUGCUGCGGUGGUUGAGAGGGGAUGACGAGCGGAGCGGAGGCAGACGCAAUGAAGGGAGCAGUCAGCAGCCGUGGAAGACAGGGCCCUGGAGCUCUAUGGGACUCGGUGAAGAAAGCGGCCUUCAUCAUAGGCUCCAGUCUCCUGUUCUUGGUUGCAUUUGGAAACUCACUGACAUGGCAUCUGCAGAGAUUCUGGGGAGCUUCUGGAAACUUCUGGCAGAACCUGUGGACCAAGCUGUAUCUGAUGUUUGAAGGUCACGAUAUGGCCUUGUUUUUCUUGGGGACGAUGCUGGUUCCCACCUUGGUGUUCUGGGUGUCCAAUGCUCUUCUCCUUUUGGUGGAUACCACCGGAAAACCCUCCUUCAUCACUCGCUACCGAAUCCAGGUGGACAAGAACAACCCGGUUGACCCGGUGAAGCUGCGUCACGCGCUGAUGACCGUCCUCUUCAACCAUGUGUGCAUCUCAGGGCCCAUGGUGGUCGGGAUUUACUACCUGAUGACCUGGCUGGGAAACCCCUGCGACCCCCAGCUGCCGACCUUCCACUGGGGUCUGACUGAGCUGGCCUUCUUUAGCAUCACAGAGGAGAUUCUCUUCUACUACUCUCACAGAUUGUUCCACCAACCCGCCCUCUACAAGCAUUUCCACAAACAGCACCAUGAGUGGACCGCUCCCAUUGGAAUCGUCUCCAUCUACGCCCAUCCUCUGGAGCAUGUGCUCGCCAACCUGUUACCGGUGGUGAUCGGGCCCGUGAUGCUGCGCUCCCACCUGGCCACCACCGUCCUGUGGUACUCCCUGGCUCUGGUCAGCACCACCAUCUCCCACUGCGGAUACCACCUGCCCCUCCUGCCCUCCCCCGAGUUCCACGAUUUCCACCACCUCAAGUUCAACCAGUGCUAUGGCGUGCUGGGCGUGCUGGACCGGCUGCACGGCACCGACAACAAGUUCAGACAGACCAAGCAGUACGAGCGUCACACUGUCCUGACCAGCUUCACCCCGCUGACAGAGAGCGUACCGGACGCACCCAAGAAGCUCCAGUGAGCUCCUCCAGCAUCGGCAGGACCCUGGCGCUGGACCCCCACCCCCUCUUUUAAAAAUGUACCUUGAGAAAUUCUCAACCUGUUCCAAUUGUCUGUUAAAAUCUGAUAAUUUUUAAUGAAAGAAAAAAGAAGAAACCGAACACCAGCUUUAAAACGGCACUAGAUAAACCAUUUGGAGUCCAGCAAUGUCUUUUAUGUCAACUGUCGGAAAAAUACACCCAAGGGGCUUUUUAAUUUAAAAAAAUGUUUUUCUUCACUGCUUAGCAACAAGAUGUACACAUUUAAAUUUACGAGCUAUAGCUCAAAAGACUGUCACGGAAGAACAGGAGCGAGGUCCACAGAUGAGGUGAAGUAAAAUUGCUGUGCUUAUGUGCGCCAUAAAGCAAUCUGUAUAUUUUCUGGGAGGUUUCGAGCCGGGCGGCAGACAAAACACAUCGUGAAAACAAGGCUUGUGAUGGUGAUGUUCUCCCAUAGCCAUCCACAAUGAUUAGACUGAUGGGAAUGAGUGCACACAUCUCCAUCUACUAUUCAUCAGAUGCACUGUACUCAAGCGGAAAGGUUCACUUCGACAUCCCUCUUCCUACGGAAGGAGAUGUUGAAACACUCAACUCUCAGAAAUAUUGGACAGGAUCGGAGUCAGGCUGACCCAGACUGGCCGACUUUUACCCUGGCUCACAGACUCGGCCAUCAUUCAGCCUAGCUUGCAUCCGAUUUUCACAAUCCAAAUUCCCAAUCUGACCGCAUUUCCCUAUCACCGCUAUUCAACCAGAAUGAAUUUAAUGGCGUUAAAGCAAAAAACAAAAACAAAAAACAAAUUCCUGGUGCUGCUUUAACUGCUGCUAUCCUUUCUCCCAAGGGUUAUUUAAUUUCUUAUUUCGUCGUAGAAAUAAUUAAAAAAAAGAUUUUAUUUAAUUUUUUUUGAUGAAUGCUCACUUCAGAGAUUUAAAUGGCAUCAAAACAAACAGUCCGGCGUUCAAUAUGGAGGCCCCAGCCUGCCUCAGCGGGGGGACACGGCUCUUCUGCCGUUUGCUGUGUCUUCUCAUUUCUUCUGAGGUGGCUCCUUCAUGUUGUCCACCUCCCCUGUCCUUACGAGGACAUUGUCUACAUUUCCAUGGAUGUGGUUGAUCUUUUCCUCUACUUGGUUAGCCAAUACAGCGCUGGCUACGUUAGCAUGCUGCUGUGCUAGCCUGAGAAGAAAACGCAGUCAGAAGCAAAGUGCAUCUGGAUGAUCAGGUGCCUGCAGAGUUUAGCACAUUUGGCGAAUGGAAAUCUGCUGUUCACAAAUGUGAAGAAGGUGUUGUGAUCUGAAUUCUUAAGCUCUGAGAGAAGCCACCCAUUUUAUACAACUGUUUAUACCCAGGCUAAGUUUCUAUAGAAAAACCUUCAGUAGAUAUUUUGAACGGAUAGAUGGGUGCAAGCUGUCAGUAUUAAGUGGUGCUUGAAGAUGACAUCUAUUUAAAUGUACAAAUGCCAAUCAGAUGCUAGCUCGUCUGUUUAAAUGAUAUUUAAUGAUGAGUAUGGACAAAUUUGUAUGAGUAUGGGCAAAUUAAAAUGAUUGAGAUGUGUGUUAAUCCAUCAUUACCUCUCAGUUUAAAACACAGUGAACCUAAUUUUGGCUGUAACUGCUGUACAUAAUACACCUAACCUGACAUAUCAGACAGUCAGACCAGGUAUUUUGUUUCUUUUUUGGGAUUAUUUGAUGGGUAAUUUUAGUCUAUGUAGACGGUAAAGUGAAGGUAGACAGGUGAUGUGGGAGAGGAAAUGCAUGCAGUAAAGCUUCCAGACUCGCGGUAAAGGCCUUCUCAUAUGGGGGUACACGUUUAUCCUCUUCAGCCCCCAGUACACCCUUGCACUACAUGUCUAUGUGACGAUGUGUGAUUGUGAUGCGACUAUCAGCCACCCACCUCUCCCACAACAGCGGCGCACGUCACCACAUCUCACCUCAACAACGGAUAAAGGUUUUUUUUCCCCCCAGAUCACAUAAACGAAUUUUAAUCAAGUACUGUCAGAACAAAGAAAAAAAAUUUUUUUUGGGAUUCCCCCCACCCUUUCUCCCCAAUUGUAUCCGGCCAAUUACUCCAGGGAGGGCUGCAGACUACCACAUACCUCCUCGAUACAUGUGGAGUUGCCAGCUGCUUCUUUUCACUUGACAGUGAGGAGUUUCACCAGGGGGACGUAGUGCAUGGGAGGAUCCAUCUAUUCCCCUCCAGUUCCCCCUCCCCCCUGAACAGGCGCCCUGACCGACCAGAGGAGGUGCUAGUGCAGCGACCAUGACACAUACCUACAUCCAGCUUCCCAGCCGCAGACACGGCCAAUUGUGUCUGUAGGGAUGCCCGACCAAGCCGGCGGUAACACAGGGAUUCAAACCAGUGAUCGAAAAUACAUAAUUUUACUAUCCAUCCAUCCAUCCAUCGUCCAAGCCACUUAUCCAAAAUGGGGUCACAGGACGCUGGAGCCUAUCCUAGCAGUCAUCGGGCGGCAGGCGGGGAGGGAGACACCCUGGACAGGUCACCAGUCCAUCACAGGGCCAUAAUUUUAUUAUAACAUUUCAAAUCUGCCACCAAAAACAUUUCCAAAUGAAACAUUAUGGGUAACAAAAAAAAGACUUGAAGUUUUAUAUCCUUAAUAACUGUCUUAAAAGUAUGAAGGUCCUCCGACUCUUAACCAGCAAAUUGCAAAACAAAAAAUAUCAGGACAGGAAAGCUGUUAUGCAUCACCAUACCUUGGCCAAAUCAAAGCGUUUUGUUUUUCUUCCCAUGCAACAAAACUGAAAGUUUAAUUUAAAAAAAAAAGAAAAAAAAAAGCUUUUAACCGCUCAAAUCUUCACAACAUGAAUGACAGUUUUGAUAAAGGUUGUUAAUUUCACUUGGAUUUAUAAGAGUAAAGAAAUUAAAUUCAGAUGAUGCAGAUUCAUCGGUUUUCACAAAAAUAAAAAAAUGUACAAGGGACAAGGGGACCAAAUUAUGGCUUGCGAGGAAGAUACCAUUCCCAGCAUCAUUUUUUUUCUCUUUUAAACAAAACUCAUAAAUGCAAGGAAUACGUUUGACAUCUUUAUCCAAAUUUAUGUGACAAUGAAACGUACUGCCGAAUGGCAAAGAUUGUUCAACUUUGGUAAUCUUAAUUAAACUGACCCAAUACAGAAUUUCCCACUAUCAUACUCCAACAUCCCUUGGCCCUUAAACCGCCUCUGUAAAUGAAUUACUGUUUUUGCUGCAUGGCCUCUUUGCAUGCAGCAUCUUGCAGGAGCUGAGUGUCCCCUUCCACAGAUGAAACAGUUUUUCCCAGACAACACAAGUAGAUAUUUUCGGGAUCUGUGACACUGUGAUGUCUGUCUGGUGAUGUUCAGGUACUGGUCACCGCAACGAAAUGUUCCACAGAUGCUAAUAUACAUCAACAGCGGUUGAUGCUUGCAUGAUGCCCAGAGGAAGUGUCACCGCUUUGCAGGUGUAGCGGCCGUUGUCUGCAGAGUCAGCUCCUUGUAAUAUUACGGUGGUAUCGUGCACUGACGGGGACAGGAAGGAGACUUGGAUGAAGUAUUUUUAAAUGCACAAAGGGAAAGGUCGAUUGUGAAAUAAAAGCAGUUCGUCUCAACUUAUCAUAUAAGGAACCUGAUCUUUUUUUUUUUUUUUUUGCAGAAUUGACUUAAGUUGCUCAAGUUGUCAAAACUACUGAGGGGAAUUGAGCUGGUUCGUAAUAAGCCACUACCUUAAACCACUUUUAUACAAGAGGUCUGCACUUUUAACCCUUUUAGAAAACACAGGCCUUUCCUUGACUGUUAAAUGUUCUCUGUUUUGCAGUAGACACCUUAGUAAUGGAGGUGAUUUUGUAUUAUAAAAAGUUAAGAAUUUAAACUGUAAAAUAUAUAUAUAUAUUUUAGAUAAUGAAUAAACCUCUCCCACCAUGAUUAAUUCAGUGUUUCAACAUUUCUGAUGGUUCCUGACAGUGGCCUUGGACAGGCUGGACACUAAUACUGAAUUAACACCAUGAAUAAAUAAUAAUAAAAAGAA